AUGGCUGCGCUGUGCCUGGGUGCCAUCAGUGGUGUCGUCAUAAUCACACACCUCACUGUAGGCAUCGCUGCUUGGAACACAGCUGGGGAUAACAUGGUUGUGGAACACAAAGGUUUUCGCAGUAGAUGGAGUAUCAGUGCCGCUGCCGUGUCUGCCAGUGAUUUGCAAGACGUUGACAGCGCGGGCCCUAAUACAGAUCUCGAUUGCAGUUGGGAGCAAGUUGAAUCACCUGACACUGAAAACUCGUUUGGCAAUUUUGAUAACACUGACACUUUGGAUUCAUCGAUGGAAGCCCUGGAUAGUCUUGAUGUUUUGCCUUUACAGGAGCCACGUUUCAUACACCCGAAGCCUAAGUCUGUUGCCACCAAACCUGCAUCUUUGUCAGCUGAGAGCUUAGCAGUCAAAUGCAUUGCAGAUGAGUUGGCAUCAAGACAUGUGCAUAAGUCGACAUCAGACUUGAAACAGCCUUGGCAGAAAGGUUCAGAAUUGUCUCAGGUCUUCAUGGACGUUUUCUCGCCGAAGGCCACAGGUAUGAUCCUGAAGAGGCCCUACAACACCUUCACAGCUUGUGGACGCUUUGAGAUUUGCAGACGCUUUUAUUGGGUUUGCAUCUUCAUCACUGACAAACAUGCUCAGCCCAAGGGUGCAAUGACUUCCAAGCACCAAUCGUCGCGUGGAAAGGAGCAGCAAACGGAGCUUCAGCCUUUUACUGCGUUGGGCCAUGUUACAAUUGAGAACUCAUGGGGCGACAGCUGGAUUAAGUCGCGAGAUGCUGCUGAUGUGAGAUCUUGGAAUUACUACUUGAAUUCCUGGUCUGAGAGCGAGCAAACUUGGACAGAUUCUUGCAUGUCCACGGCAGAGGCAACGGAGUGGCUUCGUGAGUUGUUGGAUCCCCGAGUUGGAAGUGACAGAGCAUCGUUCCUGACAUUGCAUGGAUUGAAAGCAACCUUGUUGAGAUGGGUGGCCAAAAGCACCCUUUUCACAGCGGAUGAACAGCUGGCUUUGGGUCAUCAUGUGAACGCCCAAUACAGAUCAGCUAUGAUCCAUUCAAGGAACAACCAAAUUGAUUUGUGCAAAAGGGUUUACUCCAUGUUCACACGCAUCAGGGAUGGCACAUUUGAUCCCGAUGCGACCAGGGUCGGCCGCUUGUUUCAGCUGGCCCUUGAAACAGCUCUUGAAAGAAAUGAUGGAAGCAGUGACAGCAGUUCCAGCGAUUCAGAUGAUGCAUCCUCAGCGGCUUCGUCAAAUGGAGAGCACACCAGCUUGGGGCAAAAGACCACAUACAGGCGCUUGGAGGCUGACGACGUCGAGGCAGACCAAUAUUGGGUCAACAAGAGCUCAAAGGUGGCUCACCUGCUUGCUGGAGAGGAGAGACCUUUGAGUUCAACUUUGAUUUCUGCCGAUGCCAAUUUGGCGACAUGUCGGCGCUUGAGCACAAGGCGACUGUUUUUCGAGGCACAUGCGCUGUCUUUGGAGGACCUUAAGUCUCGGGCCGACAGGCAUGACGAAGCCUUGCACUCCAAGAUUGAUACCUCGUUGGCGCUUGACAAUGCAGGAGGCUUGCGACUCAGCAAAAAGCAACGUCUUGAAGAUGUGAAUGUAACAGGGGAGCACAAGCUGCGACAAGCGUUUUUGAGGAGGUCACUGGCUUAUGACUUGGCUGGCAUAGCCGCCUUUGCUGUGCUUGACUUGUGGACGCAGAAACCUUUUGAAAAGAUGAAUGAAGCCCCGCUUUCAAACUACAGGCACAUAAGUGUUGAGCAAGUGAUCAAUGCUGACAAGGCUUUGUGGGUCAAAGUAUCUAACGAUACCCGUGGCCGACUACAGCCGAAGACCGGAGCAGACAAACCCUUUGAUGUGUCCUUCGACAAAUUCGCAGAGCAUCCAGAAGUCUUGCAGCAUUUGACACCACUUCAAAGUGUGGGGGCUCACAAACAGGAUACGUCCUCAACGUUUUCUGGUGGAAAGGGCAAAGGUAAAAAUCAUGGUGAUGGAAAAGGAAAAUCCUCCAAGGGCAAAGGCAAGAGCAACACCGGUAUCGCUGUCCCUGAUGAUUGUGAGAUUUUCGUAGAUGGAAAGCAGCUCUGCAAACGAUGGCAGGGCGUCUUCACAUCAUUGGCGGCCCACUGCCCCCAAAACCAUGUGCAUGCGUCAUGGCAACCUUACAAGAGCGAGCAGGGUGUCACAUUUCCCGCAGCAGCAGAGGCAGAAUAUCCAAGCACCUUAUGCAAGCGCAUGGCAGAUUGCGUACUGGAGGCAUCAGCUCACAUGGGUGACCAUCAGUCGUUGGAACUUGCUCGACGAAGCUGGCCAAAGAUUCUGCAUCAAAUUACAAAAGACGCCAUCGUACAGGUGGUUGGAACUUGCUCGACAAAGCUGGCCAAAGAUCGUUUGCCAACCGUUUUUCAUGUUAAGUUGGUGCCGGCCAACAUGACGGAAGACGAGCUGACGGCUUCGACUAGAUGGCGUAGAACCAGCAUAAUGCAAACUGACAGACAGCCAUCCAAGAGCGAGGAAGAUGCAUUGUUGGACGCAACUGCUUCUCAAGUUGAGAAAGGCUUUUUGCAGGGCCCAUGUUCUGCAGCUAAAACAUCAGUCCUGAUUGGGACCGAUUGUUGGUCAUUGAACCCGCGCUUCGUCCUGAUUCAAGGAGUGAAUCCAAAGGUGAGGGUCAUAGAUGAUGCAAAGCAGAGAGCAGUCAAUUCAGCGUAUCCAUCGGGAGUAAAGCUCCAAUUGCAAGAUGUUGAUUACGCUACUGCAAUGGUACUUGGGGCUAGGCGUGCAGCUGGGCCUUCUAGCUCUGACGCGUUGGAAUGGCUUGGCAGGACCUUUGACCUCAGCAAAGCCUAUAAGCAACUGGCUGUGCUACCCGAUCGUUGA